AUGGCUGGUACUCGGUGUGCGGACAAUAUCAAGUUCAAUGGUUCUACUUCUACUGAAGUUAUGGGUCAGGAACUUUCUCAUGAAGGGGUUAAUAGCGAGCAUAUAUCAUAUGAUCACUAUGAGCAGGAGGAAGAAAAACAUGAGGAAGUUGACGUGGAUUAUAUGGAUGAGGAUGACACAAAUGUGGAACCAAUGUUCGAGUAUCACGGCUUCGAUGAAAGGUAUAACAUUGACUCACUCGAAGACAUUGGGAUGAUUGAAUUUUGGAACAUCAGGGACGAAGAUGUAUGUCAUUUUCACUUUGCUGAUGUCAACAUUGCAUUUGAGUUCUACAAUAGAUAUGCAAGGACAAGAGGCUUUAGUGCUCGGAAGAACAGGACUAGGAAGAGUCGUGUGUGCGUACUUAAUUUGAAAAAUUUUGUAUGUCAUCGCGAAGAAUUUAGACCGCAAAAUAAUUAUGGCAUUGGAAACUCUAAGAGAAAACCUACUCCCGAGACAAGGUGUGGCUGCAGUGCAAUGAUGGAGAUUCGUCUAGAUGCACCUAGUGGUCGUUGGUUUAUUUCUUAUUUUUCUGAUGAACACAAUCAUCCGUGA